AUGGUGAGGGCGAACUGUCCGGGGGGGGGCCGGCGCCAGAGCCGGCCGCUGAGCGAGGAUCGAGUAUGGACCGAGGUGAAGAAAGAGGCCCUGGAGAAACUGCGGCCUUACCUCUGUGACAAGGUGAUUGCCGAGCGGCACUUUGACUUGCUGCGGGCCAAGAAGAUCCUGUCCAAGGAGGACACGGAGGAGAUCUCUCACGUGGUGGGGAGUAGACGCAAGGCCGGGAAGCUCCUGGACCACCUGAUGGAGAACCCCAAGGGCCUGGACACGCUGGUCUCCUCCAUCCGGCGGGAAGGCACACAGAACUUCCUGGUGCAGAAAAUUACCGAUGAGGUGCAGAGAAUUAAAAAUGACAAGCUCUUCCAGAAAGGCGUGUUCUUGGACAGCGAGGAUUUGUCGGACGAAGCCUCCAAAACCAACAACCUGUCGCAAUUCUCCUCGACAGAGUCCAACGCCUCCAAGGGCAAGGAGGCCAAUAUCCUCUUUCACCCAGAGGGCGAGUUUAGCCCCCUCCCCUCUGCCUGUCCCAGCUACUGCCCCCUCCCCUCUGCCCCCUCUCCCAGCUACUGCCCCCUCCCCUCUGCCUGUCCCAGCUACUGCCCCCUCCCCUCCGCCCCCUCCCCCAGCUACUGCCUCCUCCCCUCCAGCCCCUCACUGGUCAAGCUCACUGUGGCCACUCUGCCCACUACCACGUCGUUGCCCAGGCCGGGCGACCCUGGCGCUCCACCCCUCCCCCCUGACCUCCAGCCCCCCCCCACCGGACCCCCCAACACCACGACCGACUCCGAAUUCCUGCCCCUCCGAUCACGCUCCCCCUGACCCCUCCCCUCUGACCUCUCCCCCAACGACCCUGGGGUCUGUGUCCGGGGGCGUGUGAGUGGGGAGGGGCUGAAACGUCCCGGUAUCACUGGUCCCGCACUGACCCCUAAACCUCUCCACCCCCCCCACCCCCCCCUACUCACCGCUGAACCCCAUGACCUGGG